AUGUGUGGACAGUUGAUGAAGCUUGGCUCGCAAUAUUGCCAGUGUGGUGGUCUGGGUAUUGGCAGUGUUGUCCGAUGCGCUCUGAGAGGUCCAGGGUAUUUCCUUUCUCGUUUUAGAAUAACUUUCUUCAUUUCAUUCUUUUAUCUCUUUAUCUCUUUCUUUUUCUCUUCCUCUCCCCCUCGCUCUCUUUCUCUCUUCCUCUCUCUUUUUUCCCUGUCUCUCUUUCUCCUUUUUCCCCCCUCUCUCUCUCUCUGUUUUGUAUUCUAUCUGUCUAUCUCUCUGUCUAUCUGGUUGCUUCUCAAUCACACCGACAUCACCUGCCACCCAUCUCUCUGUAUCAUUAUUAAUAAUCUCUCUCUCUCUCUCUCUCUCUCUCUCUCUCAUUUGUUCUUUUUUUUCUUAAUUUACCCUCUUCCUCUCUGUAAAUAUUUCCUCAUAAAUCUUUGUUUAUUUAACCCUCACCUUCACCCUAAACCAUCCACUACAUCUACAUGCGAAAUAUUCUGUAGACAUGCUACUUCCUCUCCCAACGAUUUCUCUUCAUGUUGUUUAUCUCUAUCUAUCUAUCUAUCUAUCUAUCUAUCUAUCUAUCUAUCUAUCUAUCUAAAUCUAUCUAUCUAUCUAUCUGUCUGUCUAUCUAUCUAUCUUCUAUUCAUAUCUAUCUAUCUAUCUAUCUAUCCCAGUCUGUUCCUAUCUAUCUAUCUAUCUAUCUAUCUAUAUCUAUCUAUCUAUCUAUCUAUCUUGUCUUUGUGCUCAGGUAACUUCACAUGUUUUCUCUUAAUCUCUCCCCCCACUGUAUAUGUACUUCUCUUUCUUUUUAAAUAUUUCUCCUUUCCUUUUUUUGUCUUCCUUUUCAUCUUAUCUUCCUUCUAUCUUUCUUCCUUUUUCUUUCUUCCUCCCUUCCUAGUUAUUUACAUUUCUUCUUUUUCCUUUUUCCUUAUUCUUUUUCUUUUCUUUUCCUUUCCUUUUCCGACUAGCCCUUUAUUAUCUUACACCUACUCUUUCAUUCUCUCUCUUUUCCGUCUCCCUUUUCUCUCUUCUUCUCUGUCAUCCCCUCUUUAUGAUCACACACUUUCCUUUGUUACAUUGAGUGCCCAACAUAAAAACCACCUCCUCGACUCCCAUUUAUUGUUCGCUUUGUCAUGCAGUCAUUCGGCCACCCACGUCGGUUGA